AUGCCCCGAGAAACAUAUCCUCUCACACCACCCACAACCCCAAUAGCACUAUGCCCAAACAACCUCCUCUCCCCACCCCCAGACCGCCUAACCAACACCCCAACAACCCUCUCCAUAGCUCGCGACACCCCAGGCCACAUUUUCACCGUCCACCUCAUCCGCGCGCACGAACCUCUUGAUAGUCCAGACCGGUAUACGUUGCUCUUCACCGUAUCUGGGAAGCCAUGGCCGCAUACGCAAGACCGGUCACGAGUACAUGUAUCUGAUCCUGUGUCUAAUUUGGAUUCUGGGUCUCUGAGCUUGGGUGAUGAGCCGCCGCCUUAUGCUUCUGUUGCUGGCGAUAUAGAAGACGAAGAUGACGAUGAGAAUGCAGAAGAGAAUACCGUUUGGGCAAACGAGAAGCAAGACCCAUUUCCCAACUCGGAAUAUGAUCUAGGUGCAGAACAAGCACCGGGAAUUCGAAGGGACCACGACUCGCACUCUAUCCUCCCAUCUUACGCCUCCGUCCGCAGGAACUCGUCAAAUUCUAUACGAGAUCUCCUUGAUGCUAUAGAACCACCCAAUGAGCCAGCCCCAGCCCCCUCGUCUUCAUCUUCAUUACAGAUUCCAAGUUCACUGUCUGCUGGCACUCCAACCGGCUCAAAAGUCGAUCUAAAGGUGAUACAGCUCACUGCAUCCGGGAUAGGCGUGAUGAUGGGGGAUCAAAAGAUCAUCCAUAUAGCGAGACAUAAUGUUAUGGACUACUGCACGUCUAGACUAAAGCCGAAGUGGGAUGUUGAGGUUGCGAAGGGAGUGGAUUUACUGCUGGCAGUGAAUAUCGUACUGAUCAUGGCCACAUCGGUAUAG